ACUGAGUUAAACAGAUCGUUGUUUUUCUCUGAUCUAUAGAUAGAACGUGAGAAACAUUAUUUUUCGCUUUUGUUUAAAUAUGAUUUGGAGAUCAAUUGCUCUUCCCUGAAAUGCAUAAAUUAUGCGUCACUAGCACAGAACAGUCAGAGGGAAGGAAGAGAAAGGGGUUGUUCAUUAGUGUAUUCUGAAGCAUAAAUAUGUAUUUGUUCAUGGCGUAUGUUCGAAUUAAAGUAGGGCUCUCUGUGACUUCAUUGGCAAUAACAGAAGAAAGCUGGAAAAGCAAAUUCAUAUCAUCAGAUAAGAAACUGGCAUGUCUUUAGUCACAGAACGAGGUCUAAUGACAACUAGAUCCAAAUGUGACUUUGGUCAAAUUUGUGUUAUGAGCUUUUAACCCCCCUGUAUUUUCAAACCAUCAAUUCUGACUAUAGAUUACAAGAAUUAUUAGAUGUAGUGAUGCAGACUGGACAUAUUAUUGGAUAGCGUGUGAGGAGGUUUGCAUGAGUAAAGAGGGAAAGACCCCUUUGCCUGCAGUGGGAGGGCUGACGGGCAGGCACCGUGAAAUCAGAGGAUCCACGUCUGGACGUGACACCGAAGGAUUGCCGGCUAUGGGAGCAGCAAUGGGGCCGUUACUGCUUUGGCUCCAGGAUGUGGCAGCGGUGACUCUGCUGAGAGCUCGCAGGACACUUCUAAGGGCUGCCAUCCUGUUCUGUGUCCUGGUGCUUCUUCUGUGGGUCUCCAUCUUCCUGUAUGGAAGCUUCUACUAUUCCUACAUGCCCAGUGUCAGCUUCUCCACACCAGUACACUUCUUCUACAGGACAGAUUGCGAUGCUUCAGAUUCAGUCCUCUGUUCUUUCCCCAUGGCUAACGUCUCACUCUUGAAGAAUGGAAGAGACCAGGUGAUGAUGUCUGGUCAGGCCUACAGGAUCUCUCUGGAGCUGGAAAUGCCUGAAUCUCCUGUGAACGAACAGCUUGGCAUGUUCAUGGUCAAAAUGUCAUGCUAUACCACUGAUGGGACAGUCGUUCAGUCGGUGUCCCGCUCAACAAUGCUGCACUACCGUUCUAAUCUGCUGCAGACCAUGAGCACGCUGCUGUUCUCACCCCUCUUGCUCACAGGUGUGUCUGAGCAGAAACAGCUCAUCGAGGUGGAGCUCUUACCAGAUUUCAAAUCCGACUUUUACCAGCCUGCCGUUGGCGCAGUGAUUGAGAUUCAAUCCCGCAAGGUCCAGAUUUAUUCUGCCCAGCUCAGGAUCCAUGCCUUCUUCACUGGCAUUAGAUACCUCCUGCAUAAUUUCCCUGUGAUGUCUGCAAUUGUUGGGGUGGCGAGUAACUUCACCUUCCUCAGUGUCAUUUUGCUUUUCAGUUACUUGCAGUUCAUCUGGGGAGGGCUCUAUCCCCCCGAUCAGGUCAGAGUGAAGGUGAUGAUGGGAGACUCGACGCGUCUUCAGCAGAGGAGGGAAGAAGCACGGAAACGUAUGCACUCAUCCGCCAGCACUCCUAUCAUGAAGUAUGGAGGAGAUAACGGUGAACUGGCAGAUCCACCACAACGAACCAAACGAACCAGUCAAAACAAAGGUGAGUUGGACACUCCUAGUGCGAUUGGGACAGAGGACCUGAAUCACCUGCAGGAGGAUGAAGCUGCUCAGGACUCCUCUAUAGAUGAAGGUCCCAUUUUCCUCGAGGCUCCUCAUAUUGCAGAGACCAGUUUGAGUGAGGAGGACCCAGAUCAUGAGCAGGGGGCAACAGGAAUAGGAAAUGGGACUCAAGAUGAAGAAACUACCCAACCGCAGUCCUCAGACUGCGAGGCCAGCCUUAGACAAAGGCAUGGACCCUGGAUGAGGCUCUGAGCUCAAAACUCUGGAGUGACCAUAAACGCACAUGCAUCCUGUUACAUAUUAGAGCACAUUAGAUGACUCAUAGCUAGCAUAUUUGACACAUUCCUUUUGCAAUGCAAUGAGUAUUUCAGAUGCAUUUAGAAACCAGUUUACCUCGUGGAGCUGAUGUGAAGCUAAAGAGAAUUUCCUGCUCUGCUGCUAUUGUUCUCCUUUAGCUGAUUACUUACUAUAGGACAUAAAAGUCACCUCUAGAGUCCUGCCAUGCUUUAAUCUGGUCUGUGGUUCUGUUACAAUAUCGUUUUUGCAUGUAAAGUGUAACUAAGUGUUUAAAUGUGUCAUUGAUGUUCUCACAAUCUUUAACAUGGCUAAACAGUUCCACUCAAUUUCUAGGGAUAUUAAAUGAUUUGUUUAAUCAGUUUCAGUUAUUCAAAA